GUGUGCGUCUUCAGGACCACUUCAUGCUACUACACCCUCCUCCUUCUCCUCCUGCCUCUCUCACACACACUUUCACACACACAUCAGACGGACCUCCACUGUACCGAUCAACAAGCAUGGACGCACGGCUCUCUGCCUCUCUUCUGGCUGGACUUGUGUUCCUCCUUCACGGCUAUACGGCAUGGGCGGUGGUGGAGGUGAGCAUGGAGGACAGGGUGGAGGUUUUCAAAGGAGAGACAGCUCAGAUCACCUGCAUGUUCACCUCAGAUGACGGAAUUGGUGGAUUGACCAUACAGUGGUUCUAUGUGUUGAGAACGGGAGAGAAGCAGAAGAUCUACUAUCAGGAUGCCACUAUGCAGGUGGUGGACCGAAACACGCAGUUCACGGACCGUAUCAUGGUCAACGUGACGGCGGCCACCGGUGAGGUGGUGCUGACCAUCGCCGACGUGCAGCUUAAAGACCAGCUCGAGUUCAUCUGCCUCAUCAAGAGUUUGACCGACGGCGUCUCUGAGGGACGCACCAAAUUACUGGUGUUCGAAAGACCAAACUUCCCAACCAUAGAGGGAGUGCAGACGGGUGUCUUUGCCGAUGAAGACUCACUGUCCAAGAUUGGCUCAUGCGAGGUCAAAAAUGGCUUCCCCAAGCCAAACAUUACGUGGUACCGAAACAACGCUCCGUUACGAGUUAGUGACGUGGUGAAUGUAGUGGCCAGCACCACCAUUGAGUCCAGCGGUCUCUUUUCCGUGAGGAGUGAGCUGAGCCUGAAGGUGAUGAAGGAGGACAAAGAUGCUCAGUUCUACUGCGAGGUCACCUACCUCGUUCCAGGAGGAACCAGAAUGACCGAGACCAACCCCAUUAACAUCACCGUGUACUACCCGUCCACUGCUGUCCACGUGUGGGUGGAGUCACCAAAAGGAAAAAUUAAAGAGGGCGAUUCAAUUAUAUUUAAUUGCCAUGGCAACGGUAAUAUGCCAUCCUCUGUUUUUGUCAAGCACGGAACCACAGAAUAUGAAGUGCAGUCCAACAUGCUUGUGCUGGAAAAUGUGACCCGCCUCCAGAGUGGGGAUUAUGAGUGUAUCUCAAUGGACACGAAGACCUAUGAGGAGCUCUCAGGGAACACGACUGUGUUUGUUAACUACCUCGACCCCGUCGUGGUGCUGCCCAACUACGUGGAGAUGGCUCAAGGCGAGGAGUGGAAAGCCACCUGUAACGCCCUGUCUUCUCUACAGACCCACACAGCUUGGUUCAAGGAUGGACAAGAGGUGUCGACGGGCCAUAUUUUAAUGUUGAAGGAUGUCACCUUUGACACUGCGGGGAUGUACAAAUGUGUGGUGACCGUUCCUGAAAUUGAUGGCAUGGAGAAGACGGCCACUCUUCAAGUCCAUGUAAAAGGUGCCCCAGAGAUUAUAAAACCAGAACACACAGACAUUGAGGAAAGUGUGGCCAGCACAGUGGACCUAACUUGCCAUGUACGAGGGUUCCCGGCUCCAAGCGUUAUCUGGACCACCACUGAUGGAAAGAUCCUGGAGACCACAUCCCAAACUGAGAUGGACGACGGCAUCCACAGCAUGGUGAGCGUGGAGGUCACAUCAGACCUCACCGCCUUCUGUAACGCCUCCAAUGAGUACGGCGCUGACGCGCUGGCAUACAACAUCAAAGCUAUUGUACACACCACAGCAGCAGCUACUACCACUAGCACAAGCACCAAUGGCACAAGCACUCUUUCCUCUUCUACAGUUGUACACAUCACAGCAGCAGCUACCACCACACGCACAAGCACUCUUUCUUCUUCCACAGUCCAAGCAGCAACCGCUAUUCCACCAGAGAAAAUCAGGAAAGAGAGCAACGGCGUAAUCAUUGUCGUCAUCAUCAUCUGCAUCCUGCUGCUGGCCAUCUUGGGGAGCGUGCUCUACUUCCUCUACAAGAAAGGAAAGAUCUGCGGCCGCUCCGGCAAGCAGGACCUCACCAAAGAAAAAUCCGGCAAAGACAACAUUGUGGUGGAAAUGAAGAGCGACACCGAGGACGCCGUUCUCCUCGGGGUCAACGGAGAGAAAUUACCCUCCAGCAACCAGUAAACAACAGUGAGGAAGAAGCCACCGCUGUGACCCGACGACACUCGCUGAUGGCUCCCAGCUUCCACCGCAGCCUCUUUUCUCUGUCAAUCAAAAGCUGUCUGAGACCCCAAAAUGAUCACACUGGGCUUGAUUACAUGCCUGCAAACGUCAGUUGGAGGGCAACACUGUUUGAAUGAGGCUGUCCGUUUUGUAUGUUGCUGAAACACCGUUGAGCAGGGACUAUUUUUUUAUUGCCGAACAAUCACUAUAGAGCUACCCGAACAAUCUCUUCCUCCAGUGUACAUAUUGUCAUCCGUGUAUAUAUAUUUCCUUAUUUAAAGUGUAUUGAUUAUGAAGAGCAGAGACGGCCGUUCUGCAAAAGUCCGUACACUGAAAAAUCUUUGUGUAUAUGUCACAAUUCAAAACAUAUUUUUGCCUUUUAGUGCUUAAACCAUCAAAUCGAUAUCCUCCCUCAAAUCUCUGAAGCUAGCGUCUUCACACCUCCACUGUAAAGGAUAUAUUUUUGCAAACGUGUUAUAAAUUAUUAUAGAUUUCACAUCAUAGCAUUAACAUCUAGCAUUAAUUUUUGUUCCUUCACAUUUUGAAUACUGCAUGUGUGUGUUCAAGCUUUACAAAUAGUAAACUAUUAGGCCAAAGAGAUUACGUCCGGAGCUUUGAAUAUAUAUAUAUAUAUGCAAAAAAACCAAAACACGUUCUACUGUUAAGACAUGAAGCACGGUGAUGUUUUUUUUUAGUGCACUGAUUUCUCUGUGGUCUCCACUUGUGUUUCUUGAAUGUGAAACUUAUUUGUGUGAUGUGAAAAUGAAAAGCUUAUCUAGUGAUUGCAUCGUUGUCCUCUCUGUGACGGACAGCAGGCUUGUCUAUGAAAUCGUAUUCAUGUGUUCAGUGAAUAUUUAAGCGGAAAAAGCCAAAGUGACAGAAUCUCUACCCAUGUGAAGCCUUCUUUUCAGUUAACUCAUUCACUGCCAACCCAGUUAAAAUCUUUUGACGAUUAUAGGCGUCAAUGGCAGUGAAUGGGUUACGGUUUUGAAGAAAUAAUAAUAAUAGCGUGGCCUUUGUAUUUGCAAACAAAGAAUAAAAGAGAUGAUUUUGAUUCUUUGAAGUGUGAUGGGAGAAUAGCUCUCACAUUGUCCGGAAAUCGAGUUUGCCAGUGUACUUUUGAUAUGUGCAAGAGUCGUCAUUUAAUGGUGAAAAUAUCGCAUCAUACGAGUUGUAAAGAUGUUUUCGUGCCUUGUGACAUUCUGGUAUUUGGAUCAUGAUACUGUAGAGUCCUGCUACGACUUGUGCAGUCCUGUUGAUGAAACGCUCAAGUUGUUUUAUGAACUUCCAUUACUCACGAUUUUUUUUUAAUCAGUUGUUUACGUAUGCCCUUUAAAUCACUAGAGACAUGAAAUGUAAAGUGAUGCCUUUUCAAAUCAUUUUUUUUAAAAUUCUACUGAAUAAAAAUAUUGUUGAA